AUAAUCUAGAAUCAUUUCUGUGUCACCACUGAGCUAGUGAAAAAUGGAACAGUUUAGGUGAAUAGUUGACCAUUUUAAUACAACAAUAUUUGGUUCUCCUUUGUUUGCCAACUAUGUCAAAAAUACACGAGGAAUUUGUCUCCGGUACUUGGAUCCGUCCGCUUCAGAACGAAAAAAGACAGGCGUUUGUCAGAAGAUACUUUAGAGACCUCAAAACACAGUUUGGGGAGUCACUGAGCAAUAAAAGUACUGUUGUAAUCCCAAAACAAUUAUCGGAGACGAAUUGUGCAAAUGAGAGGGUCACUGAUGGUGUAGUGGUACACACGCCUGCGUUUGGUGCAGGCAGCGUGCCCAGUGAUGGUGUCGAUAUCCUUAGACUGACUGGUGACCAGUUCAGGAUGUAGUCUGCCUUUCACCUGAAGCUCGCUGGGGUAGGCUCCAGGUUUCCCGUGACCCUAGUGAGGAUAAGCGGCUUGGAUAAUGGAUGGAAUCUUAACGGCCUUCCGGGGGAAACCAUUAUCAAUGUGGCCCCCCAACAAAAAACAGUUCAACAAAUUUGCUUUCCGUUACGUUGUUUUGUGUUUUUACGUGCAGAACUUCUCGAAAGCAGCUUUUUUUUUUUCUGUUUUCUUGAGAAUGUGUUGCAGGCAUCAAAUUUAACACGAGAGAAGAUCCAUCCAUCCAUUUUCUUUGCCGCUUAUCCUCACAAGGUUCGCGGGGAGUGCUGGAGCCUACCCCAGCCGUCAACGGGCAGGAGGCGGGGGGACACCCUGAACUGGUCGCCAGCCAAUCGCAGGGCACAUCGAGACAAACAGCCGCACUCACAAUCACACCUACGGGCAAUUUAGAGUGUCCAAUUAGUGUUGCAUGUUUUGGGAUGUUGGAGGAAACCGGCGUGGCCGGAGAAAACCCACACAGGCACGGGGUGAACCCCUGAACUGGUUACCGGCCAAUCGCAGACAUGAGAUAAUAUUUGCCCCCAAAACUAACAUUAAAUAUCUUUUCUUUUUGGUGUAUUCAGUUGAAGGGAUUUGAUAAUCGGAGGGGGAUAUGAGAACCAGUCGUGUUACUUUCCUGUCCAUACAACCCGAGCAUUUUCACACCAAACAGCCAACCACUCCCUUUGAAGCCAACUGCCUUGAGGAGCCAUGGCCCCGGCGAAUGUCUCCCUCUUGUGGGUCAUCGCAGUAUUCUGUUUUACACAACUUUGCUUGGAAUUGGGGUCGUAGGGAUUGAUUUUUUUCAAAUUCACACUUUUUUCUUUAUUGUUAUAUUUACUUGAUAAGUAUUAUUUUGUAAACAUUUUGCAAUACACCAAUGCGUAGGGCCCCCGUAAUUAGGUUACCUUGGACCCCCAAAUUAAGUACAGGAAUUAAGUACAGGGUUUGAGUACUUCUACCUAGAGAGAGAGAGAGAGAGACAGAGAGAGAGAGAGAGAGAGAGAAGGAGGGAGGUGCCAGAGAGCUUGUGGGAAGUGGAAAAAUAUCGGGUGUGAGGAGGGGUGGGCGUAAGCGGAGAAAGUGCAGGCGCACACGGGAGCCCCCCCCCCAAACGGGGGAAAAAAAUGCGUCGCCCUUCCCUCAGAGGCUAUCUCGGAACUCCAAAAGAAAACAGGGACUCCUCAGCACUGACCUCCGCCGAGAGACGCGCGGCGCUCCCCGGGCCAGCGGUCAUGGCCACCACGCCCGAGGGUUGCCGCUGUCGGGGUGCGAGCCUCGGCGGCGGCGGCGGCGGCGGCGGCGGCGGUGGCGGCGGCGGCGGAAGCGGCAGCAGCAGCAGCAUCCUGUACAGCAUCCUCAAGAGUGACAGAGAGGAACAACAACAUGAAACACUGCACAACUUACUCCAAAGUCACAGAACCUCGUCCGCCUCUUCGGUAGCCUCCGGGCCGGCGUGGCGGCUCCAGGCGGGCAGACAGCAGCAGCAGCAGCACGCGGCGUGCUCCUGCGGGGCCACGCGGCGCCGCGGCGUCCUGCGCUCCCCGCAGGUGACGUGCAAAGCCGCUUCCGCCAUCCUGGUCAAGACGCUGCGGUUCGUCAAGAACGUGCCGUGCUUCAGGGAGCUGCCCGAGGACGAGCAGGUGGUCCUGAUCCGGAGCGGCUGGGCGCCCCUGCUGGUGCUCGGGCUGGCGCAGGACCGCGUGGACUUCGACACCGCCGAGACGGUGGAGCCGAGCAUGCUGCAGCGGAUCCUCACCGGGGCGCCCCAGAGCCAGAACCAGAGCCCGGCUGCGGCGGCGGCCGGUUCGAGUCGAGGCGGUGGAGCCGGCGUGUCCGUGGCCGACAUCGAAGCCAUAAAAGGCUUCCUGAAGAAGUGCUGGAGCGUGGACAUCAGCACCAAGGAGUACGCCUACCUGAAGGGAGCCGUGCUCUUCAACCCGGACCUGGAGGGUCUUCGCUGCCUGCCCUACAUCCGGUCGCUGCGGCGCGAGGCCCACCAGGCCCUCAACGAGCACGUGCGUCUGAUCCACCGCGAGGACGCCACGCGCUUCGCCAAGCUGCUCAUCGCCCUGUCGGUGCUGAGGUCCAUCAGCCCGUCGGUGGUGGCCCAGCUCUUCUUCAAGCCCAUCAUCGGGAGCGUCGACAUCGAGGAGGUGCUCAUGGAGAUGUUCUACGGGAAGUAAGGACCCCCAAUUUAGGCGACCUCGCAGUUGCCUGAGGUACUGGAAAAUCUUUUUGGACCGGUCUUUUGAAAAACGCUUUGCAAAAGCAAAACAAAGAAGGAACGAGUGCCUGUGUGAACGCUUCGUGUCAUUCAUUCAUUCACCGUGGACGCCGCAUGUCAUUCAUAACUUAUUUGUUUUAUAAACUUUUUUUUUUCUCGAAUAACCUCCCCUCGAGACUUCCCGACACACUUUCCGACGGCGUCAGCUGACCUCCGGCCGGAUAAACGGCUGAUAAAAGUCACGCGCUUUCUUUAGGUUUUGAUUAAACUCCAAACUGACAAGAGGACUGGAACAAGAACAUUAGGAACCCCUGGCCCAAUCCUGUGCAAAAUAUUCAUCAAAAUCCAUAUUUAUUACCCCUGCCGAGGCAGAAUUGUGCAUCCGGUGCUUUUAUUUGAUGCGGUUCCAACAUGCAAGUGUACAUAAUGUAAAGUUUCUGCGUAUGAAGCCCGACAAAGUGCAACUCGAGACUACUUGUAGGCAAUAUUUUGGGUUUGGGUGGAAGAUGGCAUAUUUGAGAUGUUUUUUUUUUUUCUUCUAGAAAAAAAUAAGUUUUGUAAUCCUAUGAAAAUAAUGUCAUAUUUUUAUGUGACUUCUCCCAACCCUUGAAAAAAUAAAACUUUAUUGCCAUAUUAUGCCCUGACAUCUCAAAAGACACAUUGUUGGAUUUUUACCCGGGUUACUGUUGAUUUCGAUUUUUCAGGAAAAAAAAAUAUGGACUUAAAAAAAUAAAAUAAGUU